AUGGCCUCCGCCGACGUGCUCAUUCCGAGCAACACCGAAGCACCACACCAGAAGCGACAGAUACCAUCGUCUGCCAUCGCGAACAUUGACACCAUCGAAGGCCUCACAGACUCCGACGACCAAUAUGCGACGUACAAGAAGCUCCAGCGACAGCUGGAGUACAUCAAGCUGCAAGAGGAGUACAUCAAAGACGAGCAGCGCAGCUUGAAGCGUGAGCUUGUCCGCGCACAAGAGGAGAUUAAGCGGAUACAGAGUGUGCCCUUGGUCAUCGGGCAGUUCAUGGAGGCCAUCGAUCAGAAUACCGGUAUCGUGCAGUCAUCAACAGGGAGCAACUAUGUAGUGCGGAUUCUGAGCACUCUGGACCGCGAGCUGCUGAAGCCCAGCUCCAGUGUGGCGUUGCACAGACAUUCUAAUAGUCUGGUCGAUAUCCUGCCUCCGGAGGCGGACAGCAGUAUCGCCAUGUUGGGCGCGGAUGAGAAGCCCGAUGUAACGUACGCUGAUGUUGGUGGUCUGGACAUGCAAAAGCAAGAGAUUAGGGAAGCGGUCGAGCUGCCACUCACGCAGUUUGACCUCUACAAGCAGAUCGGUAUCGAUCCACCGCGAGGUGUGUUGCUCUACGGUCCUCCAGGAACGGGAAAGACGAUGUUAGUCAAGGCUGUGGCGAACAGCACAACCGCUUCCUUCAUUCGCGUGGUUGGUUCCGAGUUCGUGCAGAAGUAUCUGGGAGAAGGGCCUCGAAUGGUUCGUGACGUGUUCAGAAUGGCGAGAGAGAACAGUCCAGCCAUCAUCUUCAUCGAUGAGAUCGACGCCAUUGCUACAAAGCGUUUUGAUGCUCAGACCGGUGCCGACAGAGAAGUACAGCGUAUCCUGCUCGAGCUUCUCAACCAAAUGGACGGUUUCGACCAAACUUCCAACGUCAAGGUCAUCAUGGCAACCAACCGUGCGGACACCCUGGACCCAGCUCUACUCCGUCCUGGACGUCUUGACCGAAAGAUCGAAUUCCCUUCGCUGCGAGAUCGACGCGAGCGCCGUCUCAUCUUUACCACAAUCGCAUCAAAGAUGAGCUUGUCACCAGAGGUCGAUCUGGACUCGCUCAUUGUACGAAACGAUCCACUCUCGGGAGCCGUGAUCUCGGCCGUCAUGCAAGAAGCCGGGCUCCGCGCCGUUCGCAAGAACCGCUACAACAUCAUCCAACAAGAUCUCGAAGAUGCCUACACCAGCCAAGUCAAGGGCACAAGCGAAGCCGACAAGUUCGACUUCUACAAGUAA